AUGGCUGUUUUCUUCUCGCUGAUAACGGCCACAACGUUAUUUGCUGUUUUACUUUGCAAUUUAGCAGAAUGUGCAGCGGAAUGCAAGGGCAGCGAGAGAAGAUCAAUUUUAGCUUUCAAAGCUGGAGUAGGAGAUUCCAAAGGACGCUUACAAUCAUGGUUGGAGGGAACCGACUGUUGUCGAUGGCCAGGCAUCACCUGCAACAAAACAAUCGGCGUCGUAACCAGCGUGGAUCUCAGCGGCCACCGCUGGCGGCUGAGCGGAACCGCUAACAUGGCCGCCCUCUUGAGCCUCAGCAACUUAGAGCACCUCGACUUGAGCUGGAACGACUUUGAGAGCGCUGUUAUUGUGCCCAAAAUUGGGCGUCCCACAAAUUUGGCCUAUCUUGAUCUUUCCAACGCGGGUUUCAGCGGCAAGAUACCGGCGGAGUUGGGAAAUUUGACACGCUUAACGACUCUGCAUCUUUCCAAUAUUUAUCGCCUGUCUGUUACAGACUUUGAGGUGAGAGGGUCUCUACAGACAGACAAUGUAAAUUGGCUGCGUAGCUUGGUGGCGCUGGAGCCGCUGUCGUUAGAUGGCGUGGAUUUAUCCCGCAUUGGGAAAAAUUGGGAUUCUGCUGUAUCGAAUCUCAGACAGCUCGCUCACCUUUCCAUGGCUGAAUGUGGUCUGUUUCCGCUCUUUCCCGCUGAGUCCGACAGCUUGAGAAAUCUUUCAGCCUUUCUGCGCGAUCUGGAUCUCAGCGGCAACGGGAACAGGGAUUUUCCGGAACAGAUCCCGGCGUGGCUGCAAAACUUCACGGCUUUGCAAAUGCUGGAUCUCAGCGGCUGCGGGCUUUCUGGUAACGUUUUCCCAUUUCGGAAUCUUUCCCUUCGAAAGCUCAACCUUUUUUCCAACAAUUUAAGUGGGGAUGUUUCUUUUGUUUUCUGUAAUCAGCCGCUUCUCUCUUUCUUGUCGCUCAUGGAAAACAACUUUGGGGACACAAUUCCUACAAAUAUUUCUUUGCCUUCUUUGACCUACCUGGACCUCUCCGGCAAUAAUUUCAGAGGUUCAGUGCUUGAGAGCAUUGCGAGACUGGUGAAGCUCCAACAUCUUGGUCUAGGGUACAACAAUUUCAGCGGGCAAAUACCCGUUUCGUUGUCGAAAUUAUCAUCUCUUAGUUUUCUUGAUCUGGGCGCUGUCAAGCUUGAGCUUUUGGAAAAUCUCACUGGAGUGCAGUUUCUUGUUCUGUCUAACAACAAGCUGACUUUGAAUUUCAGCCCUGCAUGGAAUCCAAGUUUUCAGCUUCAGCAUUUGGGGUUGUCUGGGUGUAAUAUCGGAGGGUGA